AGAUGUGAGCACUUUGCUAGUCUCCAUUCAACAGCUCUCUCUCUCUCUCGCUCUCUCUCCAUGGAUUAUGACGUCAUGGUGCUGUUGCAGAGUGGGAUGAUGAUGAUGAUGAUGAUCUGGAGCACGUCCAGGGAUCACCGCCCCGGGGAUUAAGUGCAGCUAGGUAGUGGUGUUUGGCAAGCGGUGGACGGGAGCUCUGUGGAAGCCCUGGAGGUGUCUCCUCCUCCUGCUCCUCCUCCUCCUCCUGCUCCUGCUCCUCGUCCAUGAACAGACCCAGCACCAAGAGGAUUUUUAUGGCUGAGGAGGUUCCCCUUCUGGAGAUGAACGGCUGAAGAUGAAGGGCGUUUGGGGCCGUUGAAGAUCCUCUUCCUCACCGUAGGAGUGUGGAGGAACGACGCGAUGAAGGUGAAAUGGACCAAACUGGGCAUGGUGGUCUUCUUCCUGCUGUCUGUUGUCAUGACGACCUGCUUCAUCUGGCAAUACAGGAUGCCCAAGUUGGAGAUGGAAACAGUUUCCACAGACAGCCUGCGGAAGGAGACGAUCUGCCCCCGGUUCCCCGAACCCGUGCCCCUGACGCAUCCCAUCCCCGUGCUUAAACAGGCCCUUGAACAGGUCGAUGCCCUCUUCAGGUCAAAGGUCAACCAAAUCAGCCUACCUGCGAUAUCGGCCAUUGUGAUCUUAAACGACUCGGUUCUCUGGAACGGGAACUUUGGCAAGAGGAACGGGAGCGACCCCAACUCUCCACCCCCCUCUGAAUACACCAUGUACAGGAUCGCCAGCCUCUCCAAGAUCUUCCCCACCCUGAUGCUCUACAAGCUGUGGGAGGACGGCGGGGUGGACUCCCUGGACGACCCCAUCGAGAAGUACGUCGACAACUUCACCAUCAAGAACCCGCUGGGGAGAGGCGGCGGUCCCGGACAAGCCUCCCCUCGGGCCCGCCUCCCAUCAAUCACCCUGCGCAGGAUGGCCAGCCAGCUCUCAGGAUUACCCAGGCGAUUACGGGAGACUAAUCUCCUCUGGAGUGGAGACACGCAGGCAGCUCUUGAACUGUUAAAGGACGAUAUCCUGGUGGCAGAUCCUGGCACUAAAUGUCACUACAGCAACGUGGCAUUCUCCCUGCUCGCCAAGGCCCUGGCCCAGAGGGUGGCGGGCGUGGACUUCGAGGAAUGGGUGAGCGUCAACAUCCUGCAGCGGCUGGGCCUGGACGACACGGGCUUCGACAUCACCCCGGACGUCCGGGCCCAGAUGGCGGUGGGGGUCUACGCCAGCGGCCAGCCCGCGCCCCUCUACGACCUGGGCUGGUACCGGCCCGCGGGCCAGAUGUACUCCACUGCGGCCGACAUGGCCAAGCUGAGCAUGGUGCUCCUGGGCGGGUACAGCCGGCGCCUGCUCCGGGACGACACCCUGAAGACCAUGCUGACGCCCGCCUUCCGCUGCCACGCGGGCUACUUCGCCAACGCCACCGCCACGCCCUGGGAGGUCAACGAGCUGCGGGGCUACGACGUGCUGCGCAAGGACGGCGAUCUGGACGGCUACGCCGCCACGCUCUCCCUGGUGCCGCGCCUCAACCUGGGCCUGCUGGUGCUGAUGGCCGGCGUGCGGCCGCAGACGGGCCCCGACCUGGUCACAGAGGUCUACCGCCGCCUGCUGCCCGCCAUCGAGACCGCCUUCAGGGGCGCCGCGCGCACGCUGGCCGCCCCGCCCAGCUCCGACCCGUACGUGGGCAUCUUCACGUACCGGAACAUGACGUUUUACGAGAUCAAGGCCGACCCGGACGGGGUGCUGGUCAUGCAGCAGUUCGGGCCGCAGAUGGACCCGUCAGUGCCGGCCAAGUACCGCACCAUCCGUCUGGACUACCUGGAGGACCGGGUGUUCCGGGUGGUGUUUGAGCAGGAGUACCCCUGUAAGCUGAAGGUGAACAGCGCGUCCGUUUCUCUGGAGGCCCAGGACAGACAGCUGUUCAACUUCUAUCCCUUCGGCAAGAAGGGCGUGUCGCCUGGGUUCGACUCCCCGGGACUGAACACGUACAGAGUGAUCAGGAUAGCCCACAGGCCCUAUUUCCCUUCGUAGAAGAAGCACACCAUGGCCACCUUUAUAUCGUUGUAUCACACCUUUGUAUGUUACGGGAACUAUUAAUCUGUGCAUUUGCUCAUAUUUAUCAGCAUUAUUACGUUUGUUAGGCCUAGUACUGCGAAGUGCCUACCAUGUACCAUUAAAGGAGACAAAAACUGUGUGAAAGAAUUAAACAUGGGUUGAUGGGUUAAAACUGUUGGUUUGAAAUAUGUUGUGCUGCUCUCUUCCUUUAUACUGAACUCAUCGCUGAGAAGGCGCCAGUGGCGUAAGCAUCUAAGCCUUGAGCAACUUUUAUGUACGAGUGUAUCAGCGUCGUACAGGAAGAAGAUGAGUCUUCCUGUGGUUUUGUUCAGAGCCCAUACUAAACUAUGGUUCAGUAUGGGCAUACAGAGGAGUAUCUGUAUGUCUGUCCGUCUGUUCCAUUACCUUUUAUGUAUCCAAUCUACUUCGUACUUGGCUGAGCGGUUCUGGAGAGUACAAUACUGAAGGCCAAGCAAGCAACAAGCCCGUUGUGUACAGGAAAAUGUUUGGUGAUGCUGAAAUCCCGAAUGAAGCAACCAAAAACCACCCUAUACUUAUGCCUGGGUACUUCCUGCAUUCCAUUAAACACAAAUGUAACACAGAUAUACAUGAUAGGAUUUUUUCCUACAGUGUAAAGGGCUCUUUAUGGUUCUACAUUCACGCAACGCAAGGGGGUUAAGGACCCCUUACGUCCUUGUGGACCCUCCUUGCGUCCACCGCAAGGGCCAGACGGGUGCCUCCCAAAAAUCGUAACCUUCCGUCGAGGCGACACAUCAGCAGUGGCUGUGAUUGUUCCGCUUACUAAAACCUGACGCGAAACCGUAAACGUUCACGACUGCGUCGAAGCGUCUGCGUGGUCAUUGUGUUGCGGGAACGUGGGACGAGAGCCCUUAACAGUUGAUCGAUUUUCCCCAGAACCUCACAAACGAGCCCCAAUUGCUCGGGUCUGAUUUAGUUUCUCGCUUCAGAUUUAACAUGAGCCUGGUUGGUUUGCUUCAGUUGUAGGGCUACACCGUUUCAUUUGUAUUGCUCAUUAUACAUUCAUAUACAGUAUAAUGAGCCAUGUUACAAUUUAAUUUAUUCAUCUACUGGAAAU